UGACAUCAAACAAAAUUAAAAUCAAAUUUGAAACGCAAAUCUUAUUGGUGUUAGAAUCCGUGGUACAUUAUUCAGUCGUUGCUUACCGAAGAUCCAACGCAGAUGCUAGAAAAGAUACUCAAUUCGACAUCGUACGUUGUGCAUAGUUUGUGAUACCUUGGACUAACACCACCAACCUUUAAAUCUUCUCCUUCUUUCUCAGUCUCACCUCUCAGUCUCUCACCAGUAUAGUUGCCACCUACCACAGCCCGCCGUCUUGUUCGGGCACAAAAAUAUAUAACAAAAAAAAAAUUGCUCCGAGUUCUUCUUCUAUUUGUUUCUCGAUCAAUCCGCCGAAAUUCAAUUCUUUAGGGGUUUUUAAAAGGUUUUAGGUUUAGCCAUAUUUUCUUUUUCAUUGUUCAUAACAGAUGGCUUUUUCUGGAAAGCAAUCGACUUUUUCUAUCUCACAGUCGGGUUUGAUUCCGACGAGGAGGUUAUGUUUGAAUCCAACAACUCCGAGGUUUCUUUCUCUGCCACUGCUCACGAAAUCCAAUGUUCUGAGCGGUGAAAUCUCAAUUAAGAGGCCUUUAUACGUUGCCUCACUUGCAAAGUUGGAAUCUUUGGAAUCAAGAACCCCAAAGAUUAGUUGCAGAGCCCAAGGGUCUGGGGAAACAAGGCCGUCGGAUCCUAACGUUGAUGAAGUGUCAAAAUCUGAGGGUGCCCAGAAGCUCAAAAUCGGCAUUUACUUUGCCACUUGGUGGGCUUUGAAUGUGGUUUUCAAUAUAUACAACAAGAAAGUGCUCAAUGUCUUCCCUUAUCCAUGGCUGACUUCAACUCUUUCCCUGGCGGUUGGUUCGUUGAUUAUGCUGCUCUCUUGGGCUACUAGGAUUGCUGAAGCCCCAGCAAUUGAUCCUGAGUUCCUGAAGAACCUGUUUCCGGUAGCAGUGGCACAUACAAUUGGGCAUGUAGCAGCAACAGUAAGCAUGUCAAAAGUUGCAGUUUCAUUCACACACAUAAUUAAGAGUGGGGAACCGGCUUUUAGUGUGUUGGUGUCAAGGUUUUUACUGGGUGAGAGUUUCCCUCUUCCGGUUUACUUGUCUCUACUUCCGAUUAUCGGCGGGUGUGCACUUGCUGCAGUCACUGAGCUCAACUUCAACAUGAUAGGGUUUAUGGGGGCCAUGAUAUCGAAUUUGGCGUUUGUGUUUAGGAAUAUAUUCUCAAAGAGAGGGAUGACUGGGAAGGCUGUGAGUGGGAUGAACUACUACGCGUGCUUAUCGAUAUUGUCUCUCGUGAUUCUUACUCCUUUUGCUAUAUAUGUGGAAGGCCCCAAAAUGUGGGCAGCUGGCUGGCAACAAGCUCUUUCUCAGAUUGGUCCCAAUUUUGUUUGGUGGGUGGCAGCACAGAGCAUAUUCUAUCAUUUGUAUAACCAGGUGUCGUAUAUGUCGUUGGAUCAAAUCUCUCCUUUGACGUUUAGCAUAGGGAACACAAUGAAGAGAAUCUCCGUGAUAGUUUCGUCCAUCAUCAUCUUCCGUACACCCGUUCAACCCGUUAAUGCUCUUGGAGCCGCUAUUGCUGUCCUAGGAACCUUCAUUUACUCCCAGGCCAAACAGUGAGAUAUAUGGCUGAAGGAUCAAUGUAAUUUGUGGAGAUGAUAGGGCUCUACCAAAGAGAUUUCUCUAGUUUUAUAUUUUCUGUUUUUCUUUUCAUUCAACAUUACAUGUACGUUUGGGGAGUCCCAGUAGACAAAUUGAGCUUGGAAUAAUACAGUGCCUUCUCUCAAGAGCAGAGCCUAAUUAAUUAGUUUGGAAUUCUUUUUUUAAAAAAUAUUUUUUAUUUUAUUAUAAAUCAGUAGAACCACUUAAUCCAGAACUUCAAAAAUUU